AUGAUGUUUCAGUACUUUGUGAAAAUUGUUCCUACGGUAUAUGUUCAGAUUGAUGGAGAGGUUUUACGCACCAAUCAGUUUUCAGUUACCAGGCACGAAAAAAUUGCCAACGGGCUGAUUGGAGAUCAGGGAUUGCCCGGUGUGUUUGUGUUGUACGAGUUGUCCCCGAUGAUGGUAAAACUCACAGAGAAGCACAGGUCCUUUACUCAUUUCCUGACUGGAGUGUGUGCCAUUAUUGGAGGAGUGUUUACAGUUGCCGGCCUGAUUGACUCUCUCAUCUAUCACUCCACACGUGCCAUUCAGAAGAAGAUUGAACUUGGGAAAACAACAUAAAGUAAGAUCUCUUCCACCCCCAGAUACAGACCAGAGACCAGCCAGCGUGCUCAGCCAUUUACAAACACGGACUGGUAACCUUAAUGACGGAGAAUGUGUGAACAU